AUGCUCGAUACUCUAGAUGCGCAUCUGUUAGCCCUCCUUCCUGCUGGAGAGCUCCAGGCAGCUGACAGAGCAAAUGUGGCUGAUUCAGUGGAUCUUGACAUAAGAGCCCAUCAAUUCCUUGAGACGGCGUGUGAUCUGGAGCGUUGUUUCACAAGGCUUCGAGCGCGGCACAUGGCUGAUCCUCAAGCAGCACUAUCCAGGGAAGUGACGGCUCUGGAGGAAGAUCUGAAGAGGAAACACCUUGCUUUGAAAGAGUGCAGGAAACAAGCGGCUGAAUGGGAUGUCCUUGUAAAGCAAAUUUCACAACUUUUGGAGAACUCCUUAGCCGACGUUUAA